AUGUACGGAUCUACGUGGAACACCUGGGGUCAGUGGAAUAACCCUUGUCCUUCAUGUGGUCUGAGCAUCUUACGGACUUUCUCCCGAAGCAGAACAUGUAACCAGGUGGCUGGUCAAGCAUUUUGUACUGGUUCCAGCACUUCCACUGAAGUCCGAACUUGCAGCAUUCCCAAUUGCAUAGGAACUUGGGCAGCGUGGACCAGCUGGACCACGCCAAACUGUCCUACCUGUGGACCAGUCGGUACACAAAGACAGGUUACGAGGAACAGGGUGUGCAACAAACAACUUUCAACGGAUCUCGACUGUCCAGGGUCAAACACUGACUCCAGAUUAGAUACCUGUUCAAUUCCCGUAUGUACAGCUACGUGGAACACCUGGGGUCAGUGGAAUAACCCUUGUCCCUCAUGUGGUCUGAGCAUCUUACGGACUUUCUCCCGAAGCAGAACAUGUAACCAGGUGGCUGGACAAGCAUUUUGUACUGGUUCCAGCACUUCCACUGAAGUCCGAACUUGCAGCAUUCCCAAUUGCAUAGGGACUUGGACACAGUGGAACAGCUGGGCGGCCACCGGGUGUCCAUCCUGUAACCCUACCGGUACAACGAGCACAGGAACGUUCACCCGGUCCAGAACAUGUAACAAGGCGCUUACAACAGAUUUAGACUGCCCUGGUGCAGCCACAGACUCUAAAACAGACACAUGCAACAUUGCCACAUGUCGAGUUGGGAGCUGGACUGUGUGGUCAUCAUGGUCAGCCGGCAGCUGCCCAACCUGUGGGAACAAUGUUAACACCGAACAGAAUCGAACUCGAACCUGCUUUAGGGCCAAUGUAGCCGAUACAGAGUGUCCUGGAAGUACAAGUGAAACGCAAACCGUUCUCUGCCAGAUUCCACAGUGCGAAGCUACCUGGAACACCUGGAGCCCAUGGGUGGAUCCAGGUUGUCCAUCGUGUGGUCUGGGAGUCACACGAACUGCCUCUCGAACCAGAACGUGUAAUCAGCUGGCGGGCCUAUCAUUUUGCUCAGGGAGCAGUUUUAGCACCGAAGUCAGGAGUUGCAACAUUCCCAACUGCAUAGGAACCUGGACCGCGUGGACAAGCUGGAAUGGACCUGCUUGCCCCACGUGUGGACCAUCGGGGACCACACGAUCAGUUUCCCGAUCCAGGACUUGCAAUAAAGUGAGAUCGACUGAUGCCAAUUGUCCUGGACUAAGCACAUCGUCUAGAACCGACCAAUGUUCAAUUCCCUUAUGUACAGCUACCUGGAAUACCUGGGGGGCAUGGGUUGACCCGGGUUGUCCUUCAUGUGGGCAGAACAUCGUUCGAACUGCCAUAAGAACCCGAACUUGUAACCAAGUUGCCGGACAAGCGUCUUGCAUUGGUUCCAGUUUUUCCUCAGAAGUUAGGACUUGCACUAUUUCCAACUGCCAAGGAACCUGGGCAGCGUGGACCAGCUGGACCACUCCAAGCUGUCCUACCUGUGGACCAGUCGGUACACAAAGACAGGUUACGAGGAACAGGGUGUGCAACAAACAACUUUCAACUGAUCUCGACUGCGUAGGGUCAACUACUGACUCCAGAUUCGAUACCUGUUCAAUUCCCGUAUGUACAGCUACCUGGAACACCUGGAAUCAGUGGAAUAACCCUUGUCCUUCAUGUGGUCUGAGCAUCUCACGGACUUUCAUCCGAACCAGAACAUGUAACCAGGUGGCUGGUCAAGCAUUUUGUACUGGUUCCAGCACUUCCACUGAAGUCCGAACUUGCAGCAUUCCCAAUUGCAUAGGGACUUGGACACAGUGGAACAGCUGGGCGGCCACCGGGUGUCCAUCCUGUAACCCUACCGGUACAACGAGCACAGGAACGUUCACCCGGUCCAGAACAUGUAACAAGGCGCUUACAACAGAUUUAGACUGCCCUGGUGCAGCCACAGACACUAAAACAGACACAUGCAACAUUGCCACAUGUCGAGUUGGGACAUGGACAACAUGGACAACUUGGGCAACUGGAAACUGUCCCACCUGCGGGGUCAAUAUUAACACCCAACAGACUCGAACUCGAACCUGCUCCAAGACAGAUCCCACUGUCGACGAUUGUAAUGGAACUACAGUUGAUACUCGAACAGUCCUUUGUCAGAUUCAACCAUGUCAAGCUUCCUGGAACCAGUGGAGUCAGUGGUCUACCCCGAGCUGUCCUUCCUGUGGUCUCAACAUCAACCGGACUGUCAGUCGAACCAGGACAUGUAACCAGCUGGCGGGUCAAACAUUCUGCACGGGGUCCAGCUUCAUGACCGCUGUUAGGACGUGCAAUAUUCCCAAUUGCAUAGGAACCUGGGCAGCGUGGACCUCCUGGACUACGCCAAACUGUCCUACCUGUGGAUCAGUUGGCACUCAAAGACAGGUUACCAGGAACAGGGUGUGCAACAAACAACUUUCAACUGAUGUCAACUGUCCAGGGUCAACCACUGACUCGAGGUUCGAUACCUGUUCAAUUCCCGUAUGUACAGCUACCUGGAACACCUGGAACUCAUGGUCGGAUCCAGGUUGUCCAUCUUGUGGUGUGGGAGUCACACGAACUGCCUCUCGAACCAGAACAUGUAACCAGGUGUUUGGCCAAACAUUCUGCCCAGGAUCAAGUUUUGAGCAGCAAAUUAGAACUUGCAACGUUGCCAACUGUAUAGGAACCUGGUCUGCAUGGACGGCAUGGAAGCUGCCCAACUGCCCUUCCUGUGGACCAGUCAACACCGUGAGACAGGUCAGCAGAACACGAGUGUGCAACAAAGCCUCGCCAACGCACUCAAACUGCGCAGGAAAUAACAUUGAGUACAGAAAUGAUGCGUGCAACAUACCAACCUGUACAGAUAUUCCAGGUUUGUGCGCCAACGUCAUGAAUGUCAGUGGCGUCGGGUACCGCUACCACCCCAAAGACUGCGACAAGUACGUCCAGUGCUACUUCAACCCCAACGGCGAGGUUACAGCCGUGUACCGCACAUGUCCAUUUGGUCACUACUGGUCACAAGCGACCAUGAGAUGUGACCACUCCUGGAAGGUCACCUGUCCACACGAGAGGUGCAACGACACAUGUGUGACGACAUACAACAUGGAGGGCAGUUGCCGUGCCUACUGGUCAUGUGACAAGGGCAAGUCCCAGGCUGAGUGUUGUGCUGUGGGCUUCCGGUACGUGCCAGGAAAAGGCUGCUUCCCGGACCUGUAUUGUCGAGAUCCCUGCCCCACGCCUUGCACGCCGGCUGAGACGUGCGACAAAGCCCCCGUAUGGGAUAACUCUCAGAACUACAAAAUGAGCGUUGGAUUUCUUGGAUGGAUGGACACCAGCUGCAUCCCUGGUGCCUACUUUGACAUCCUCGAAUGCGGCUGCAACGUGCGCAAGAAUGACACUUGCAAGCCAGAGUUUUCGCUGACAUUUAACAACCAGAACGCGACUCAAGGAGACAUGCUGACCCUUGACACAGUGAACGUUACCAACGGCGUCGCCGCCUUUACUGGGCUAGGCAAGAUGGUGGCUGACGUGAAGCUGGCGGAGGCCGGUGUGAGCUGCCCAGUUGUACUCAGAUUUAGGUACAGAGAAAACGGAAGUCGCGGGAGACAGGUGCUCGCCAGCAGCAGCGACUGUCGCCAUGGCAACACAAUGAUCAUUGCCAUUCACAACUCCACCCUGACCUUUGAACUGACGUCGUGGUAUGGGACGCUUCUAAGCAUGCCUCUAUCGACGAUGGGUCUGGAAGCGUCGACAUGGAAAGACGUCACCCUCAUGUAUAACGGCAAGGUCCUGACAGGGGUCAUCAGGCAGGGCAACUACAGAGUCAUGAGCCAGCUGUUUGCGCCCAAGGUGAACGUGGCAGCGUGCGGCUUGACCUUCGGGUCCGACGGUUCUGUGCUGACAGCGUACGAUGGUCAGAUGGAUGAGAUCAACGUGUACAAGUGUGACCCAGGCAACCUGUAUUGAGGGAACCACUGAGCUUGUCCAGUCUACACAAUCUAUGUACAGUUCCUUCAUGCCAUUAACAUGAAUACCUGUAGUCUACAACUGCCGUUUGAAGUCAAUAAUCUAGUGUGAUCUCUGCUAGUGCCAUAUUGUAAACUGCGUGGAAACGUUAUGUGUGAUGUUUUACUGUUUUCUUGCAAGCAUGUAUCUUGUUAAAUAUUUCAGUCCUGCCAACGUUUUACUUGUCUGUGUUUAGCUAACUGCACCUGUUUCCAUGUAUGCAACAUUAAUAUAUUGUCGGUGUAUCACUGGAGUUCUCUCGCCUUUAAAUAAUAACUUCAGUUGACAGUGUUUAUAAGAUUGAUAUUGUAUUGAAAUCUCGGCUAGCUCCUUGCCACAAUUGUAUCGCUAUGUUUUACUAGUAGACUAUAUUCAUGACAACAAGAUUAUUUCUCGCAACUGAAAAUAAUCCUUUCCUGAUGCAGUUGACACAAGAAACAAAUGUUUCCAUUGUUAUGCAAACUAUAAACUGAAUGUUCUACAAUGUGGUUAUGAAUUACUGUUAAAUUAUUACCACUUUGUUAUAUAUGAAUAUUGAUGUUAUUUACACCUCACUUACAUUCCCACUCAUUGGUCAGAGUAUACAGAACCUAACCCACUAAAGAUUUCAUCGUUGUCAUCAACUGGAAAAAUAUUGUCUUAGUUGAGAUUUUGUUAAUUUCAUUAUUUUUCAGAAAAGAAACGUAAAAGUUAUUAUAAUUUGUGUUUAAUAUUGAUAUGGUAUAUAUUUCAAAUUUGGACAUAAAUAAUGCAUAAUAAAAACUUCCGCACUGUU